AUGGACUCCUCUGUCGCCACACAUAAUCAGCAACAUGCGACCAGGAUCAAGCCUCACGCCACAAGCAAGCCGGCCGCCCGCCCAGGCCAGACGGCGGACCCAGGGUCCCUCCAGCCAGGCAGUACCAAGAACAAUAGUAAUGCACCUAAUCCUACCCUAAACACGCCGGGCGCCUUCCCGACAGCCCUCGAGUUUCCGCCACCGCACGUAGUACUCCAUCCCGAGGACGCGAGCAGCAGAGUGCUGGCAGCUAUUGGUCGUUCCUUGCUUUCAGUGGACAACCGUGCCAUGACCGUCAAGGAUCUCGCGGACAUGGUGGUUCAUAACGGGCUAGUAUGCCAGAAUGUGUCUGCAGCAAGCCAGGCGAUCACUACCUACAUUCGCACGCACCUCCAGCGUUGCGACGCACAGCAGGACUGUCCCCUUCUUUUGCGGCACACUCUAUCCGGCACCCCAUACGACGACGACUUACUUCCCGCUUUGUAUUCGAAGUCGGGUGGCGCACAGUCCGCGGCUGCGCCAGACCAGCGCGCCACAAACUUUAGACGCGGGACGCAAGUCUGGUAUCUUAGCAAGGCCGCCGGCGCUCCCUGUCCAUUCGCUAGGGCUGGAAUACGAGUAUGCGAUUACGGCGAGAAUGGAAAACUUGGUCUUCUAGCCGACACAAAGGACAAGCAGCGUCAAAAGGAACGACAAAGGCGUAUGGAGACGUGCGGGUCCAAGCGCAAGCGGGCCACGCGUUCAUGCGUCACACACGAGGCGGACGACGAGCCUCAGCCGGAGCAGAGGGUGAAGCUAACGCUGCGCUUGAAGCCACUGAACACCCCCGCCUCCUCCCCGCCCAAUGCGACACCUGACGCAGCAUCUGCCGAGCCGAUCACAGGUUUUUCCACCGAUGACGACGGUCGUGAUCACUCAGAGCGCGACACGUUGACAGGUCUCUCGCCAGAGUCCGAGAGCUCUUGGACGCUCCCUCCCUAUCCACGGCGCUCCAUUGCUAUCCCGAGCUAUACGCCGUCAUUCGACGGGCCGUAUCCGGAGCUCCAGCCGUCAUUCAACACCCGAUUCCGCAGGUCUCCCUCUAUGCAUAGCCUUGCCUCGCCACCGCCCGAGUCUGACGAGUCCGAUGACGAGGAUGAUUACGAGGAAUACUUUCCCCCUCCGACUUCCGCUGCUGCCGAGCUCGGCCCGUCUUUGCCAGACGACGGCCUGCUUACGACGACGGUGGAGGACUUCGACAUCGACGGGGACCUCGACAGCGAGAGGUUUGACAGCCCGGGCCCGCAGUCUCCGCCGCUGUACAGCAUCCCUCUACCGAUGUCCGAUCCAAAGGUUGCUGUCAAGCAAGAGCCUACCGUUGUGGAAGGUCUCCUGGAUCAUUGGGAUGCCGAGUAUGGAGGUCACACCUUCGAGAGUGUGUACGAGACGGGCGUCAAGGCGGAGCCGGAGGUGUACGGUCGCUACAGCGUUCCCGUAAAGCGCGAGUGGUCAACCCCUUCGACGCUUUCGGACGACGACCAGUUCAUCAAACAGGAGGAGACAGAGCAGAACCUACUGGCCGCGUCGUCCACAGAAGGCGGCUUCCCUCCUCCAUCUGAGGAGGACCUGGCCCUGUAUUCGCAAUUCGCCGCAUCACUCGCCGACGUGCCGCCUCUCGAAUACAGCUACCGCGAGCGCGAAGACUCUUGGCAGUCGGAAGGUCCCUCGUCACCAGCAAUCGAGUACCCGACGAUACGCCCGCACUUGAGAACCACGACCAGCCCCGCGCCGCCUUCGUCCGCUGCCGCUGCUAUGGCCUUUAUGACCCCACCAUCACUGCCCAAUACUCGUCAAGAUGGCUGGGCGCCUUUCACGCCGGUCUCCCCCGCUACGCCAUCCUUGGCGUCCGUCUUCGCGUCGAUGUCGAUGGCUUCGCCAACAGUGCAGGGCGCGGCAGUACCGCCUUCUGCGUUGGCCCUCCCAUUCAGUCACUCGCUACCACCAGCAUCGCGGUUCGAGCAGCAGCAGGUGAUCCUCCAUACGACGGAGCCGUGCAACCCCGCUAUUACCGCGACACAGAUCGAAGGUAUAUGCGUGUACCAGACCAAGCUGGGCGACAUGGGGGUCUUGCGCCGCAUAGACACGGACUGGGUCAACAUGUCCGCCAUCGUCGCCCAUGGCAACACGCCGUAUCCGAAGAUGUCGUUCACAGUCACCGUCGACCAGGGUCCGGUCAGCGUCAUUGGAACAUGGGUACCGCUCUCCACAGCGCAGGAAUACGUGCGCCAGUACCCGUGCUACCAGGACGAGCUCGGUGUCUUCCUGUCGGAAUCGCUGCAUGAACGCUUCCCUCCCGCGCUUCAGGAGUUCCACACCUCGUGCGCCGCGACACGCGAGCGCAACGAGUUCGGUGCAAAGUUUGGUUCGACGCCGCAGGCUAUGGCGCUCUGCCAACAGUCGGACGUACUUCAGAGCAACGGCGCCUUCGCUUUGCUCUCCCUUGCAGGGCCAAGGAAGACCGAGGACGAGGCGCCGAAGCCAGUCACGGAGGACCCGCUGAGCCCGGAGGAGGAAGAGGUUUUCCAUGGAUGGUGCGCGAGCGCUGAAUGGGAAGAGGAGAAGCCUGCUGCUCCUUCGCCCGCACCCGCGCCUGCCCCGACAUCAGAAGCAGGGCCGUCAUCCUCGCCGGAUGUUGACAUGGAUGCGUCGUCGUUACCGUCGCCGCCGCUAUCGCCAACCGAACCCGAGCUGACGCCUGAGCGCGACUCUCCUGCGCCGCAGGCAGCCGAGGCACCCAUACGUGCUGGCAUGAAGCGCAAGUCUCCAGAACCGGAUACGCCGCGCUCGCCCAGCAAGCCUCUGCAGCCCACGCAUACGAACCACCCACCGCCUGCGAAGCGCGACUGCGGGUCACUGCGCCGCUCGAAGCGUGUUGCUGCCGCGGGUGAGACGCGACCGCGCACGCGGGCCGCUACUCGACGUGGCUCUAAGGCGUCCGCCUCGUAA